GGUCGGUUCCACAAUGGUACAGGCAGCAUCACGCUGCACAAUGGUUUCCAGGCAGUGAAAGAGGGUGAUUCAGCAAGGCACUCUUCCUCUUCUUCUUUUAAAACCCCCCUUUCUCUUUUUAUUUUUUUAUGGGGGUGGGUGGUAUCUGUUUUAAGCUUAUCUUUUCCUUUUCUUUUUAUAUUUUUGCAUUUUUCCUUUUUUUUCCUCCUCUCCCCUCAAUUGCCAAGGGGCUUUGAGUGAGUGACUUUAAGGUCAAAUUAUCUUGAAAAUUACCUAUCCAUCAUUAAUUUGACACAAUCUCCCCACCUCUGAGGAGUCGCUUCCUUCUUACAGUUUGGAAUGUGGUUAAGGAAAGACAAGUAGAGAGAUUUUGGGGGCAAACACGACUGGAUCAGGAUCAUAGUUCUCAGACACGGAAUGGCUAGUGUGAGAAGUUCCAGCAGCAGGACCAUCUCUGAUCUUCGUCAUGGCAACUCAUGCAAGAAGCUGUUGAAUUAGACCUAUUUCCUAUAGAUGAGAAACCACACAAGCAGUGGUAUUUAUGAGCCUCCAUUUAUUGUACUACUGCAGUGAACCUACCUUGGAUGUGAAAAUUGCCUUUUGUCAGGGAUUUGAUAAACAAGUGGAUGUGUCAUAUAUUGCCAAACAUUACAACAUGAGCAAAAGCAAAGUUGACAACCAGUUCUACAGUGUGGAAGUGGGAGACUCAACCUUCACAGUUCUCAAGCGCUACCAGAAUUUAAAGCCAAUUGGCUCUGGGGCUCAGGGAAUAGUUUGUGCUGCGUACGAUGCUGUCCUCGACAGAAAUGUGGCCAUUAAGAAGCUCAGCAGACCUUUUCAGAACCAAACGCAUGCCAAGAGAGCUUACCGGGAGCUGGUCCUCAUGAAGUGUGUAAACCAUAAAAAUAUUAUUAGUUUAUUAAAUGUUUUCACACCCCAGAAAACACUGGAGGAGUUCCAAGAUGUUUACUUAGUAAUGGAACUGAUGGAUGCCAACUUGUGCCAGGUGAUUCAGAUGGAAUUAGACCAUGAGCGAAUGUCUUACUUGUUAUACCAAAUGUUGUGUGGUAUCAAGCACCUUCACUCUGCUGGAAUUAUUCACAGGGAUUUAAAACCAAGUAACAUUGUAGUCAAGUCUGAUUGUACGUUGAAAAUCCUUGACUUUGGACUGGCUAGGACAGCAGGCACAAGCUUCAUGAUGACUCCGUAUGUGGUGACACGUUAUUACAGAGCUCCAGAGGUCAUUCUGGGAAUGGGCUACAAGGAGAACGUGGAUAUUUGGUCUGUGGGAUGCAUAAUGGGAGAAAUGGUUCGCCACAAAAUCCUCUUUCCAGGAAGGGACUAUAUUGACCAGUGGAAUAAGGUAAUUGAGCAACUAGGAACUCCAUGCCCAGAAUUUAUGAAGAAAUUACAACCCACAGUGAGAAACUAUGUUGAAAAUCGGCCCAAGUAUGCAGGACUCACCUUCCCCAAGCUCUUUCCAGAUUCCCUCUUCCCAGCGGACUCUGAACACAAUAAACUCAAAGCCAGCCAAGCCAGGGAUUUGUUGUCAAAGAUGUUAGUGAUAGAUCCAGCAAAAAGAAUAUCCGUGGACGAUGCCUUACAGCAUCCGUACAUCAAUGUCUGGUAUGACCCUGCUGAAGUGGAAGCGCCGCCACCUCAAAUAUAUGACAAACAGCUGGAUGAAAGAGAGCACACCAUUGAAGAAUGGAAAGAACUUAUCUACAAGGAAGUAAUGAAUUCUGAAGAAAAGACUAAAAAUGGCGUAGUAAAAGGACAGCCUUCUCCUUCAGGUGCAGCAGUGAACAGCAGUGAGAGUCUCCCUCCAUCCUCGUCCGUCAACGACAUCUCCUCCAUGUCCACCGACCAGACCCUGGCAUCUGACACUGACAGCAGCCUGGAAGCCUCGGCAGGACCCCUGGGUUGUUGCAGGUGACUAGCCGCCUGCCUGCGAAACCCAGCGUUCUUCAGGAGAUGAUGCGAUGGAACACACACACACACACACACGCACACACCCCACACACACAUGCAGACACGCACGCACGCACACAUGCAAAAGUAGACACAUGAUGACAAGAAAAUGGCAAGGGAGAAAAUCAAAACCUAAAAUCAAAACAAAUCUUUCAGCCUGCUUCUCCAGAGUUCUGUAUCGCAGCUAAGCUCAAAUGUAUACUUACCUUCUAGUUGCUCUUGCUUUUGGUCUUUUUCCAAUGAUGCUUACUACCAGAAAGCAAAUCAAAUAUGGUUAGAGAAGCCUUUUUCAUAAAGUGUGAAUUUAAUGGCUGAAAAACCAAUUACCUGUACCUGCCCUUUUAAAUGGCAUGACAAGGUGUGCAGUGGCCCAUCCAGCAUGUGUGUUUCUCUAUCUUGCAUCUACCUGCUCCUCUUGGCCUAGUCAGAUGGAUGUAGAUACAGAUCCGCAUGUGUCUGUAUUCAUACAGCACUACUUACUUAGAGAUGCUACUGUCAGUGUCCUCAGGGCUGUACCAAGACACCAUGCACUGGGGUACCACAUGGUCCAUUUCAUGUGAUCUAUUACUCUGACAUUAAACCCAUCUGUAAUAUAUUGCCAGUAUAUAAGCUGUUUAGUUUGUUAAUCGAUUAAGCUGUAUGUCUUAUAAGAAAACAUGUAAAGGGGGAAACAAGGGGGAGGGAGGGAGUGAGAUCUCUCAGACCCUUGAAGAUGUAGCUUCCGAAUUUGAACUGAUUAAAUGGCACCUGUAUACCAA